CUUGCGGCUGCCGCAGCCUCCGCGGUUCACGGGUCCCGGCCGCCGCCUUCCUCCUUCCCCUGCCCCCUCGGCAAGGGCAGGGCCACUCGAGGCUUGGCGGGAAAAAGGACCGAGGGAGGGGUCGAAAUAACCCCAUUAUAAAAGCCGGCUUAUCGGACUCGCUGUAGUAAUUCCAGCGAGAGGCAGAGGGAGCGAGCGGGCGGACCAGCCAGAGUGAACCUAGCGAGCCGGGCGAGCAGAGGCGCGCUCCGGGCGCUCAGGGCUGAGAUCCGGAGUGAAAGCGGGGCUUCACCUCCGGCCCAGCCUCCUCCUUCUCCCCACCCUGCCCGCCGACCUCUGCCAGAGAUCCGCCACCCUCGCCGCAUCCACAAAAACUUUGCCCAUUGCAGCGGGCGGGCACUUUCCCCUGGAACUUACAACACCCGAGCGAGAGAGAACGCGGCUCUCCAGGAGCGGAGAUCUAUUUGGGAAGACACUUCUCCGGGCCGCUGCCUACGACCCGCUCCUCCGAAAGGCGCUCCUUGCCCGGUGUUGGAAUCUGGAUUUCCUUCGGAGAGUGGGAAACCCGCAGGCUGCCGCGAUGCCCCUCAACGUCAGCUUCGCCAACAGGAACUAUGACCUCGACUACGACUCGAUGCAGCCCUAUUUCUUCUGCGACGAGGAAGAGAACUUCUACCACCAGCAGCAGCAGAGCGAGCUGCAGCCGCCGGCGCCCAGCGAGGAUAUCUGGAAGAAAUUCGAGCUGCUGCCCACCCCGCCCCUGUCGCCCAGCCGCCGCUCCGGACUCUGCUCGCCCUCCUACGUCGCGUUCGCGUCCUUCUCCCCCCGGGACGUGGACGAUGGCGGCGGCGGCAGCUUCUCCACCGCCGACCAGUUGGAGAUGGUGACCGAGCUGCUGGGAGGCGACAUGGUGAACCAGAGCUUCAUCUGCGACCCGGACGACGAGACCUUAAUCAAAAACAUCAUCAUCCAGGACUGUAUGUGGAGCGGCUUCUCGGCCGCCGCCAAGCUGGUCUCAGAGAAGCUGGCCUCCUACCAGGCUGCGCGCAAAGACGGCGGAACGAAGCCAUUGGUUAAGGAAGGCAGUGUUGUCGCUAACCAGGUGAUUUCUCUUUCCUUUCUGACAGAGGAAGAACAAGAGGAUGAGGAAGAAAUUGAUGUUGUUUCUGUGGAAAAGAGGCAGCCCUCCGCCAGAAGGUCAGAAUCAGGGUCACCCUCUUCGGGAGGUCACAGCAAACCGCCUCACAGCCCGCUGGUCCUUAAGAGAUGCCACGUGUCCACCCAUCAGCACAAUUACGCGGCGCCCCCCGUCACCAGGAAGGACUAUCCCCCCGCCAAGCGGGCUAAGUUGGACAGUGGCCGCGUCCUGAAACAGAUCAGCAACAACCGCAAAUGUGCCAGCCCCAGGUCCUCGGACACGGAGGAGAACGACAAGAGGCGGACACACAACGUCCUGGAGCGCCAGCGGAGGAAUGAGCUGAAACGCAGCUUCUUUGCCCUGCGCGACCAGAUCCCCGAGUUGGAAAACAACGAAAAGGCCCCCAAGGUCGUUAUCCUUAAAAAGGCCACCGCCUACAUCCUGGCCAUCCAAGGGGAGGAGCACAAGCUCCUUUCGGAAAAGGACUGCUUGCGGAAACGACGGGAACAGUUGAAACACAAACUCGAACAGCUACGGAACUCUUGUGCAUAAAACUUGACCUAGGGGCGGGAGGAACUGGAAUCCCUCGCGGCUUCCCCGCUGUGACGGAGGGAAAGUACGGGAGAAGGUUCCUCCUGGCAUCGCCGAAGAGUUCAUUAGACACGAACUUGUUGCAACUGCAUGGUCAAGUGCAAACCGCACAACCGUGGCCGGGUCUUCAGACUGACAGAUUCAGCCAUCAUGUAAACUGCCUCAAAUGAACUUUGGGCAUAAAAUAACAUUUUUUAUGCUUGCCAUCCUCCCCCUCCCCCCCCCUCCUUUAACAAAUUUGUAUUUAAAAGAAUUUUUUUUUUAAUCUCAAUUGGGUUUACCCAAUUUUGCCGUGUAAAUAGCUUUAAUAAGAACUUUAUAGCAAUUAUACAAAAUCUGAAUGUAUUAUAAUCCAUAAUUUUUUUUAUUUAAAUACAUGUUUCUUUUUAAAGUUGAUUUUUUUUUAUUGUUUUUAGAAAAAAUAAAACGCCUGGCAAAUAUAAUUGAGCCAGAUCUUAAAGUU